CUGCAAUUCAAUCCCAACUUUUUCCAUCAGAUAUCAUCACAAGUUCAGGAAAAAGCCAACACAAACACAAGUUGGAGGAAAAAAUGGCCGAGAAAAUGCACCUUAGUUUCUUCAUCUUUGCCAUGAUUGGCUUCAUUACAUUGGUGCCUGUGAGUUCAAAAAUUCACAUUAUUGGAGACCAAACGGGUUGGAGUUUGCCCAAUUACUCAACUUUUUACGGUACCUGGGCCAAGAAGCAAAAUUUUGCUGUUGGUGACGAACUCCGUUUUAAGUACAGGCCCGGGCUGAACACUGUGUUACAAGUAAACAAGGAUGACUACGAUCAUUGCACUACCAGAAAAACCAUAAGCACGUUCUUCAGAGGAGACACCAUCAUUUCUUUGGACAAGCCCGGUGACUAUUUCUUCAUAAAUUCCGUGGGCAAACAUUGCGAGGGAGGCCAAAAGAUCGCAAUUACUGUUCCUCAGGGAAAGCCCAGCUCCCAUUAAUUAAUCAAUAAUUCAGCCUUUUUAACAGCAUUGGGCCCUUGUACUGUAAAUCAAUGUAGAUUGUGGGCUUAAGUUUCUCCCAUUCUUUGAGUUUUGUACCAUACGGAGUUUGUGUUCUGUGGUAUUUGUAAUUUUGUAUUUAUCCCUAUUGUAUGUGUACAUACUAGUAUUUGUAUAUUAAAUCAGAAUUGCUCUUGCCUCUUGGUGUA